UUGAAAGUAUGCUACACAAAUUUGUUUCAACUUGUUACUGCAACAACAACAACCAAAACAACGGCAACCAUCCCACGCAAUUUAUUAUAUAGACUGCGUAGCAAGCAAGAGCGAGAAAGCAACACGGCAACCAGCAGUGAGAAGCAACAACAACAACAAGAAAUCAGGAAACCAGGAAGCAAACUGGAAUAUAUAGAAAAUUCUACAACAAAAUACAGCAACAAAGAAGCAAAGCUGUUACUCCUAAAGGUAAACGGAGCCACCGACGGCACUUACAGCACAAAGAUGGCGUCCUCACCGACACCAUCUCUGGACUCGAUGCGGGGCGGGGCGAACUCCAUCGAAUCGUACGAACACGCCGGCUAUCUAUCAGACUCUCCGCUCACGUUGAGCGGUUCAUCGCCACCGGCCAGCGAUUCGGCAAUCUGCAGUGAUGAGUACACGGGCGGCAGCAGCGUAAAGUCACGCUCUGAGGUGACGGUAAUCAAUGGCCAUCACCCCAUUUCGGCCUCCGUGUCGUCCAGCUCUUCGGCCAGUUCGUCCUCCUGCUCGUCGUCAUCGUCCUCAUCCUCGUCUUCGUCAUCGUCCAGCUCCUCGACCAGCGGCCUCAGCGGUUGCGGCAGUACCAGCAGCAGUGUGAUCAGCGCCAACAAUGUUGCGAGCAGCAAUGGACCAGGCGUUAUCGGCAGUAAUCUUCAGUCCUCAAACAAUGGCGGCAACUCGGGCAUCAGCAGUCUGGUCGUGGGAGCCGGCAAGGGAAGCAACAGCAGCAGCAACAGCUCCUCGAGCAACACAUCCGCCAAUGGAUCUCCGCCACGUUGCACCGCCUGCAAGAGCAAGUGCAGCGACGCGGUGGCCAAGUGCUUCGAUUGCCAGAGCUAUCUGUGCGCCAAUUGUGUAACUGCUCAUGAGUUUAUGCACUGCUUCAACGGACACAAUGUGUGCCUGAUAAAGGGUUUUGAAGCAAGCACCACUGGCACUCCGCUGUCCGUUGGAUCGCCCAGCAACAAUCCGGCAUCGAAUGAGUUCAAGUACUCCAGUUCGCUGACCAUGAUGCUGCAGCAGCAGCAGCAACAGCUCGACUCGCAACAACAGCAACAGCAGCAGCAACAAUUGCUGCCGGCGCAGCCCAUGUCGCAACUCUCGAAGAUAGUACUGGCAGCCGCCGCUCAGGCAAAUUCCCAGGAGCAACAGCGAGAUGAUAGCAUCUAUGGUUCACUGCACCCACAACAGCAACAACAACAACAGCAGCAGCAACAGCAGCAGCAGAGACAACUCUUCUGCCCCCGACACAAACAGGAGCUGCUCAAGUUCAGUUGCCGCACCUGCUGCAUCCUGGUAUGCAAGGAGUGCAUUGUACUGGAGCACUCCACAGGUCUUCACGAACUGGAGAACGUGCAGUCACCCGGAAUGACAACCUCUACGGGAUCCACGGCCAACGAGACAGCUUUGCAGACUCUGCUCGCCGAUAUGCGUGGCAAAAUUGGCGAGAUUGUCGGCAUUGCUGGAAACUCGGACCAGACUCUAACCAAGGUGAAGCUGCAGUACCAAAAGGCUCACAACGAGUUGAACGAGACGCACCAGUUCUUCGCUUCCAUGCUGGAUGAGCGCAAGACAGAACUGCUUAAGGAACUGGAAACGCUGUACACGGCCAAGGUUAACAGCAACAAUUCGUGGCAGCAACGCUCCCGCGACUUGAUCGACAAGGGACUGGCCACCUGUGAGGCGGUAGAGCGGAGUCCUGCUCCGCCAUCCUCCUUGCUGGCAGAGGCCCUUCUCCUGCGCAAAUCCCUGGAGCAGCAACUACAGACGGGCAUUCAGGAGAUGCAGCUACCCUUCGAGAUAGAGUUUAUGUCCAACUAUCAGUCGAUUCAGGCAGGCGUGCGCAACACCUUUGGUUACAUUCGAGCAAACAGCUCAGACGGCGGACCUACUGGCAUGAGCCUGACGAGCAAUGGCCAUGGAAAGCAGCCGCCAAUUGCCCGGCCAACACAGAGCGCCAGCAAUAGCAGCGCCAGCAGUGCGGGCAGUGGUCACCAUGGUCACCACCAACAGUCACACCAUCAUGGCCACCACAAUCAUCAGCAGACGGCCCAUCAUCAACAGCUGCAGGCGCAAUCAUCCCUGCAUGGCUUGGGUCUUGGAUUGAGCGGCGCCAGUUUGUUGGAUAGCAGCUCUGGCGCAGGUGGAGCAGUGGGAGCCUUCAGCAACGUAGGACUUCUGCUCAGCGGUCGCGAUCGCAACGCCCUGGCAGUGGAACAGCAUUUCGGCGAGCUGAUGCCCAAGCGAGGAGGAGGUGGCUACACCGGCAGCAAUGGUUCCUCCACCAGUGCCGUGGCCCACUACAAUCCCUACGAGAAGUGGAGCAACGGCGGUAGCGACAAUCUCUUUUCAUCGGUGACAAGCGGCGUGUCCGGCAGCUCUGCAGUGGCCGAUGCGUUUGCCAGCCUGUCUGCUGUUGGAGGAUCCGUGGUCAGUGGCGCUGGAGCCGGCGGAAGUACCGUGAGCUCAGAAUCGCUGCUGGACCUUACCAACAAACUGCUUUCGGCCACUAUCUAUCCGCCCAAGUCGCAGAUCAAGCGCCAGAAGAUGAUUUACCACUGCAAGUUUGGCGAAUUCGGCGUGAUGGAGGGCCAGUUCACAGAACCCAGUGGUGUGGCGGUAAAUGCCCAAAAUGACAUCAUUGUGGCGGAUACGAACAACCACCGCAUUCAGAUCUUCGACAAGGAGGGACGCUUUAAGUUCCAGUUUGGCGAGUGCGGCAAGCGUGACUCGCAGCUGCUGUAUCCGAACCGCGUGGCCGUGGUGCGCAAUUCCGGCGAUAUCAUUGUCACCGAGCGCUCGCCCACGCACCAGAUUCAGAUAUACAACCAGUACGGCCAGUUUGUGAGGAAGUUCGGGGCCACUAUUCUGCAGCAUCCUCGCGGCGUGACCGUGGACAACAAGGGACGAAUCAUUGUGGUGGAGUGCAAGGUGAUGCGUGUGAUCAUCUUUGAUCAGAACGGCAAUGUGCUGCACAAGUUCGGGUGCUCUAAGCAUCUCGAGUUCCCCAACGGCGUGGUGGUCAACGACAAGCAGGAGAUCUUCAUCAGCGACAAUCGGGCGCACUGCGUCAAGGUGUUCAACUACGAGGGCCAGUAUCUGCGGCAGAUUGGCGGCGAGGGAAUUACCAACUAUCCAAUUGGCGUCGGGAUCAACUCGAACGGGGAGAUCCUCAUCGCGGACAACCACAACAACUUCAAUCUGACGAUCUUCACGCAGGACGGGCAGCUGAUCUCGGCGCUCGAGUCAAAGGUGAAGCACGCCCAGUGCUUCGAUGUGGCGCUCAUGGACGACGGCAGUGUGGUGCUGGCCAGCAAGGACUAUCGGCUCUACAUAUAUCGCUAUGUCCAACUGGCGCCAGUGGUAUUGCACAAAUUGCACAGCAACAUCAAUGAAACCAGCAAGAGCUACUUGGCAGACAGAAUACAGCAACAUUUCAUUUGAAAUAGAAAAGCAAGAGAAUCGAAAUAUUUUUAAUAACCAAACAUUCCCCAGAAAUUGUGUUAUGUUGAAUUUGUUGUUGAAGAAAGGAAGAUGUAAUGUAAUGCCGAUGCAUGGACAAGUUUACGUUACGCAAUUAUUUUAAAUAAAUUUUGGGACUCAAAAAUUAUAUUAAUAUUAAUGUAUUUGCAAUUAGUGUAAAUGAGUCUCUACGGUCGAACCGCACACAAAGAAUUCACACAGACAAGAAUCAACGUUGCUAAAUCAUUGAAAUAUGCAUAAAUGUUAGCUCAUCUUAAUCAUAAUCAAUCAUUCAGCAUAGAUUUUAAUAUUUAUAACGCUAUAUAGUGCAACUAAGCCGAUCAUGGUAUCAUCAUCUAGUCAUCAUGCAUACAUAUAUGUAUUUUUAUAAUUAAUUAUUAUUAA